AUGAGGACUGAAAUCAGAAAUGUCCUACAGCAGAUGCUGGCAGAGAACAUAGCCUCCUGGAAGGCAGUUCCCACCUCUGUUAAACUUAAUGGCUGCGAGGUUCGACGUGGUUCGCAACGUCUCGAUUCCUCUGGAGGCGGUCAGCAAGAGAAGCGAGGAUCAGCAAGAAGAAGGGGCCGCACACAGCAUCGGGAUGCUCUGAGUAGAUGUGGGAGACAAAUGACAUACAGAAUCACACAUGGGAACUGAAUUGUGAAUGGAAAAGAGGCUCGGGUGGGUGCAUGGCCAUGGCAGGUCAGCUUGCAAUGGAAAGGCCAACACUGCUGCAGAGCCUCUUUGAUCAGCAGCAGUUGGCUGUUAUCUGCAGCUCACUGUUUUGUUAAGAAAAGUAACACAAAAGACUGGACUGCCAACUUUGGAACUGCAGUAAAUCAACCAAUUAUGACACAAAAAAUCAAAAACAUAAUCUUAAACGAAAAUUAUAGCAGUCUUUAUUUUCCUGAUGAUAUUGCCCUUGUGCAGCUGGCUAAAGAAGUCUCUUUCACAAAGUACAUUCGUAAGAUUUGUCUUCCUGAAGCCAGAAUGAAGGUUUCAGAAAAUGACAGUGUUGUAGUUACAGGACGGGGAACUCGUUUCGUGAAUGGUCCUUCUCCAGUAAUGCUACAAGAAGCUUUUGUGAAGAUUAUUGACAACAAAGUUUGCAAUGCCCCACAUGCACUAUCUGGCUUGGUGACUGAUAGGAUGCUAUGUGCUGGAUACAUGUCAGGAGAAGCUGAUGCCUGCCGGAAUGAUUCUGGUGGACCACUAGCUUACUCUAACUCCAGAAAUAUCUGGCACCUUGUUGGAACAAUAAGCUGGGGUAAAGGAUGUGGUCAAAAGAAUAAGCCAGGUGUUUAUACCCGAGUGACUGCUUAUUGUGAUUGGAUUACUUUUAAGACUGGACUCUGA